AUGAGCCCAACGUGCUUCGGCUUCGGAGCAUAUGGCAGAGGCAGUACCCUCAACUGCCAGCGCGGCCGCCAUUGCAGCGGAAAUGGAGGAGGACGAGGCCGAGGUCGCAGCAAGCGGUCGAAGGAAAGCUGGGCAGCUGGAGGGUGCGUGGUGGAGCUUCCGGUGGAUGCAGAUGCUGCUUGGCAGGAGGACGAGGCCGAGGCAUCCCGAAGCUGUCGUGAUCAGUGCUCCGCCAUGAAUCCUCCAAAGCUCUUGGAACAGCAAUUCCCGAGACGAACUUCCGAACUGGAGAAGCUUGAUUGA